CUUUCUCUCUCUAAUCUCUCUCUCUCUCUCUCUCUCUCUCUCUCUCUCAUCUUUUUCAAAUUCAGAUUACAACAACCACCACCACCCCCAAAACGUCCCCUUCUUCUUCUUCCCCCACACUCCAACUCACAUACUUCUCUUCUGUAUAUACGUAUAAUUAUCCAUCUAUAUCUAUACAAUGUCAACCGAAGAUGAGAAGUUGUUAAAGGAGGCGAAGAAGUUACCCUGGGAGGAUCGAUUGUUGCAUAAGAACUGGAAGGUCCGUAACGAUGCCAACAUUGAUCUCGCUGCGUUAUGCGACGGGAUUACGGAUCCUAAAGAUCCGAGAAUUCGUGAAUUAGGGCAUUUUUUUAAGAAGACGGUUGCUGAUUCCAAUGCGCCGGUGCAAGAUAAGGCGCUUGAUGCGUUAAUUGCUUACUUGAAAGCGGCGGAUGCUGAUGCUGGAAGGUUUGCGAAGGAAGUUUGCGAUUCAGUUGUGGCAAAAUGCCUUACGGGGCGGCCAAAGACGGUGGAGAAGGCGCAGAUUGUGUUUAUGCUUUGGGUGGAGUUGGAAGCUGUGGAUGUUUUCCUGGAUUCUAUGGAAAAAGCAAUAAAAAACAAAGUUGCGAAAGCUGUUGUUCCCGCUAUAGAUGUCAUGUUUCAAGCCUUAAGUGAAUUUGGUUCAAAGAUUGUGCCACCAAAGAGAAUAUUAAAGAUGCUUCCAGAACUUUUUGAUCAUCAAGAUCAAAAUGUUCGUGCUUCAUCUAAAGGGCUAACUCUUGAGCUUUGUCGUUGGAUUGGUAGAGACCCUGUUAAGUCUAUACUCUUCGAGAAAAUGCGGGAUACAAUGAAAAAAGAAUUGGAGGCUGAGCUUGCCAAUGUCACAGGGGUUGCUAAGCCUACUCGCAAAAUAAGAUCCGAGCAAGAUAAGGAACCAGAACAGGAAGUUGCAGCUGAGGCUUCGGGCUCUGGUCCUUCUGAAGAGUCUGCUGCUGAGGUUCCUCAAGAAAUAGAUGAAUAUGAGCUCGUUGAUCCCGUUGAUAUCUUAACACCAUUAGAGAAAUCAGGGUUUUGGAAUGGAGUGAAAGCUACUAAGUGGUCUGAGAGGAAAGAUGCUGUUGCCGAAUUGACUAAACUUGCAUCGACAAAGAGGAUAGCUCCUGGAGACUUUUCAGAAAUCUGUCGUACACUUAAGAAGCUUAUUACAGAUGUAAAUAUUGCUGUUGCUGUAGAAGCAGUCCAAGCCAUAGGCAAUCUUGCAACUGGAUUAAGAACCAACUUUUCUGCAAGUUCACGUUUUAUACUGCCUGCUUUGCUUGAAAAAUUGAAAGAGAAAAAGCCUACUAUGACAGAAGCACUUAGUAAUACUCUCCAAGCUAUUCACAAGGCUGGAUGUGUGACUCUUGCUGAUAUUGUUGAAGAUGUUAAAGUAGCUGUCAAAAAUAAAGUUCCCCUUGUACGUUCACUGACAUUAAACUGGGUAACACAUUGCAUCGAAACAAGCAACAAGGCAGUCAUUCUUAAAGUGCACAAGGACUAUGUUCCCAUUUGCAUGGAGUGUCUCAAUGACGGGACACCUGACGUUAGGGAUGCUGCAUUUUCAGUCUUGGCAGCAAUAGCGAAGUCGGUUGGUAUGCGGCCUUUGGAGAAGUCAUUGGAGAAACUUGAUGAUGUCAGACGAAAGAAGCUGUCAGAAAUGAUUGGUGUUUCUGGAGGUGGUGCUCCAACUGCUGGCGCAGGUGCCCCGUCGUCUGGUGGAACCGUAUCAUCUGCGGAGGCUUCUGAUGGAGGUUUUGUUAGAAGGUCAGCAGCAAGCAUGCUUAGCGGGAAGAAGCCUAUUUCGGCUGCUCCUGCUGCUAAGAAGUCCGCUCCUGCGAAGACAGUUGCUGGCAAGAAAGCAGAUGGACCAAGUCAAACAAAAAAAGUUGAACAACCUGAAGAUGUUGAGCCGGCUGAGAUGUCCCUUGACGAGAUCGAAAGUAGAAUAGGGUCUCUUAUUCAAGCAGAUACUAUUACCCAGUUAAAAAGUGCCGCAUGGAAAGAACGACUUGAAGCAAUUACCUCUGUUAAAGAACAAGUUGUAGCACUCCAAGAACUUGACCGGUCGGUUGAGAUUUUAAUCCGUCUAUUAUGUGCUGUUCCUGGUUGGACUGAGAAAAACGUGCAGGUCCAGCAACAGGUUAUAGAAGUAGUCAGCCAUAUAGCUUCUACUGCAUCAAAAUUUCCAAAAAAAUGCGUUGUACUUUGCAUAGGAGGUAUUUGUGAAAGGGUUGCUGAUAUUAAGACCCGUGCCCAAGCUAUGAAAUGUUUAACCACUUUCUCAGAAGCUGUGGGCCCCGGUUUCAUUUUCGAAAGAAUGUUCAAGAUUAUGAAAGAGCAUAAGAAUCCUAAAGUUCUUAGUGAGGGUCUGUUGUGGAUGGUUUCUGCAGUUGAAGAUUUUGGCGUUGGACAUCUGAAAUUGAAGGAUGUAAUUGAUUUCUGCAAAGAUACUGGUUUACAAUCAAGUGCUGCUGCAACUAGAAAUGCCACCAUUAAACUUAUUGGCGCUUUACACAAAUAUGUGGGUCCCGAUAUCAAAGCGUUCUUGUCAGAUGUUAAGCCUGCUCUUCUUAGUGCAGUGGAUGCAGAGUGUGAGAAAAAUCCAUUUGAGGGUGCAGCUGCUGCACCUAAAAAGACUGUUAAAGCAACAGAUUCUGUAUCUUCUGUGUCUGGUGGUGGUUUGGAUAGCUUGCCACGAGAGGAUAUAAGCGGAAAGAUAACACCGGCUCUUCUUAAAGGAUUGGAGAGUAAUGAUUGGAAGGCUCGUCUCGAAUCUAUUGAAGCAGUAAGUAAAAUUGUGGAUGAGGCUAACAAGCGUGUUCAGCCUACUGGAACAGUGGAAUUGUUUGGGGCUCUUAGAGCUCGGUUAUAUGACAGCAACAAAAACUUAAUUACGGCUACACUGACUUCUAUAAGUGCUCUUGCAUCGGCUAUGGGACCUGCAGUAGAGAAGGCCAGCAAGGGAAUUUUGUCCGAUGUUAUCAAAUGCCUUGGUGACAAUAAAAAGAGCACGAGGGAAUCUACCUUGACAACUUUGGAUGCUUGGGUUGCUGUUACCCAUCUUGAUAAAAUGGUACCAUAUAUUACUGCUUCUUUGACUGAUGCUAAACUUGGGGCAGAAGGACGUAAGGACCUUUUUGACUGGUUGUCGAGGCAACUUACAGGAUUGGCAGAGUUCCCUGAUGCCAUUCAGUUACUGAGACCAGUUGCUGUUGCUAUGACGGAUAAAUCAGCAGAUGUUCGUAAAGCCGCAGAAGCAUGCUUUGGAGAUAUUGUUAGAGUUUGUGGACCAGAAAUGGUCAUGAAGAAUGUAAGAGAUAUUCAAGGUCCCGCGCUGGCGAUUGUUCUUGAACGAUUGAAGACACACGGUGCAUUUCCAGAAGUGCAUGAGAACACAAGAACAGUCCCAGCUGGACAACCAUCGAAAACAGGUUCAAAGAUUGCCAAAUCAAAUGGUCAUGCAUCAAGGCAUGGAAGCAGAUCUGUAUCUUCGAGAGCGGUUUCAGCAAAGGGCUCAAAACCAGAGCCGAUCAUGUCUGUUCAAGAUAUCAACAUCCAGUCACAAGCUUUAAUAAAUGUCAGGGACUCUAACAAGGCUGAAAGAGAGAGAAUUGUGGUUCGUAGGUCUAAAUUUGAAGAGCUGCGUGUGGAGCAGAUUCAGGAUUUAGAGAAUGAUUUGAUGAAGUACUUCAGGGAGGAUUUGCACCGGCGGCUUUUAAGCACAGAUUUCAAAAAACAAGUUGAUGGGAUCGAGAUGCUUCAUAGGGCACUUCCAACAAUUGCUAAAGAUUUAAUCGAAGUUAUUGAUAUACUGUUAAAGUGGUUUGUUUUGCGAUUUUGUGAAUCCAACACCUCUUGCUUACUAAAGGUGCUGGAAUUUCUUCCGGAGUUCUUUGACACAUUAAGAAACGAGAACUACACUCUGAAUGAAUCUGAAGCUUACAUCUUUUUUCCUUGCUUGGUGGAAAAGACUGGUCACAACAUCGAGAAACUAAGAGAGAAAAUUCGGGAGCUAAUGAAGCAGCUCAUACAUAGCUAUUCUGCUGCAAAAACUUUCCCUUUCAUUUUGGAAGGUCUGCGUUCGAGAAAUAACAGGACAAGAAUCGAGUGUGCUGAUCUUGUUGGAUAUUUGCUGGACAAUAAUGGCUCCGAGAUAAGUAAUGCACAGCUAAAAUCCUUGAAAGAUGUUGCAAGUUUAACUGCAGAACGAGAUGGUGAUCUUAGAAAAGCUGCUUUAAAUUGUUUAGCCACUGGUUAUAAGAUAUUUGGUGAUGACAUCUGGAAUUUUGUUGGGAAGCUGACUGAAGCACAAAAAAGUAUGAUAGAUGACAGAUUUAAAUAUAAGGCCCGAGAAAUGAAUAAAAGAAAGGAGGGUAUGCCAGGUGAAGCAAGAGCUGCUGCUUUAUUAAGGCGUUCUGUUAGAGAGAAUGGUUCUGACCUUGCCGAGCAAAGUGGCGAAGUAUCACGAUCCAUAUCCGGACCAGCUUUUACCAGGGAUAUCUAUACUCCCCCAGAAGCUCAAAUGGAAAGACAUCCAAUGGCACGGCCAUCUGGAGGUGUAAUCGGUCCUACAGACUGGAACGAGGCUCUAGAUAUCAUUACAUAUGGCUCUCCUGAGCAGUCUGUUGAAGGUAUGAAAGUUGUGUGCCAUGAGUUAGCAGCUGCAACCAAUGACCCCGAAGGCAGUUUGAUGGAUGAAUUAAUCAAAGAUGCCGACAAGCUCGUGUCUUGUUUAGCAGCUAAGGUCGCAAAUACUUUUGACUUUAGCUUGCGGGGUGCAUCUUCUAGGUCUUGUAAAUAUGUUCUCAACACACUCAUGCAGACAUUUCAAAAUAAAAGGCUUGCCCAUGCUGUCAACCAGAGAACCCUUGACAAUCUGAUUACAGAGCUUUUACUCUGGCUUUUAGAUGAGAGGGUUCCAAGGAUGGAUGAUGGCAGUCAGCUUUUGAAAGCAUUAAAUGUUCUAAUGCUUAAGAUAUUGGAUAAUGCUGAGCGUACAUCAUCAUUUGUGGUACUGAUUAAUCUUUUGAAACCAUUGGACCCUUCUAGAUGGCCAUAUCCACCAUCAAACGAGUCAUUUGCUUCAAGAAAUAUGAAAUUUUCAGAUUUGGUCGUCAAAUGCCUGAUCAAACUUACAAAGGUUCUACAAAGUACAAUUUACGAGGUUGACCUUGAUCGCAUUCUUCAAAGCAUUCAUAUUUAUCUCCAAGAACUUGGGAUGGAAGAGAUCAGAAGGAGAGCUGGAGCAGAUGACAAGCCUUUGCGCAUGGUGAAAACGGUUCUGCAUGAGCUUGUAAAGCUUCGUGGUACUGCGAUAAAAGGCCAUCUUUCUAUGGUUCCAAUAGACAUGGAACCCCAACCUAUAAUACUUGCCUACAUCGAUCUUAAUCUCCAGACCUUAGCUGCUGCAAGAAUGCUGACACCAACGGGUCCCGUGGGUCAAACUCAUUGGGGUGACUCCAUGGCCAAUAAUCCUAUGCCUGCUACACAUUCUGCUGAUGCUCAAUUGAAGCAAGAGCUGGCUGCAAUAUUCAAGAAAAUCGGGGACAAACAAACAUGCAGUAUUGGUCUUUAUGAACUAUACCGAAUAACUCAGCUGUACCCAAAGGUUGACAUAUUUUCUCAACUUCAAAACGCAAGUGAAGCUUUCAGAACAUACAUUAGAGACGGUUUAGCACAGAUGGAGAAAAACGCUGCAGCUGGAAGAACUCCAUCCAGUGUGCCCAUGCCAACACCUCCACCAUCUGCCUUAAACCUUCCAUCUCCGAAAUUCGCACCACUUUCACCUGUACAUACUAAUUCUUUAAAUGAUGGAAAAUCUGUUAAUACUAAAAUGGACCCCACAAGUUUCAGUCUACCACCAUCAUACGCUGAGGAUGACAUGUCAUCCUCAAGAGGUCAAAUCCCCGUUCAAUCAGACGACAGAUUCCCAUCUGGAGUUAGCAGUGGGACUCUAGAUGCAAUAAGAGAAAGGAUGAAGAGCAUCCAGUUAGCGUCUGCUGGGAACCCAGAACCUGCGAACCAACCCAUGAUGCAAAUGAAUGUUAGUAACGAAGACCAUGAGUCUGGUCAACCCACAGACGAGGUUAGUGCAGUCAAUCCCAAUCCCGUCCAUAGUGGUGUUCUACCAAUGGAUGAAAAGGCACUAUCUGGGCUUCAAGCCCGCAUGGAGAGGCUGAAAAGUGGAUCAAUGGACCCUCUUUAAAGUGAAAUUACAUAAAUAACCUUUAGGGUUUUGGCAAAGAGUUUUGAGCCAUGAUGAUAUAAUAUAUAGUGAAGUCACAUUCUUGCCACACUAGGGUUAUAGAAAGGAGGCAAGAAUAGGUGGUUGGGUCCUUAAUUUUUGAUUUGGAGGUGUGUAAAGUUACUGUUAGAGAAGCAUAUACUAUGUGUGCUCAUAUGCUUUGUAGUGUAUUAUACUGUGGAACACGACAGGCAUUGUUUUUUGGGAUCGGUUACUUUAGGGGAAGUUGAUUUUCUUUUUAAUCUUGUGUGACUGAAAUUUGGUGAAUGAUACGUUUAUCAUCUAUCGAAACAUACCCGUCUAAUUUAAAAAGUUUAUUAUUG